UAUUCUUCGUGUCGCCCAACAACAUUGUAAAAGUGUUACCCUCUCAAUCAACUUUCACUUUUCUUCCCACAAUCCUAACCUUCACCACCAAUUCUCUCUCCUUACUUUCUUUCUUUCACUUUUUCCAUGUAUUCAAUGCCUCCCCAUAUCAGAAUUAUGCCUCAACAAAUCUUGGGACGGUGUUAGAUUAGCAUUUUCUUAUCUUUGACAGCAAAAAAGAGAUGCCCUUGAGCAAGAGUUCUGAUUUUUUUUUUGUGGGAAAAAUUUGCUACCAAGUGGCAUUCCUCUCAAAGAGUGUGUGUGGUGUACGUGUUUGAUAAUUGAUGGACAAUUUUGCAAUCUGGGUCUUUUGAGGGAAUUAUUAUAAGUUGGUGGUGGAAUUGAGAAUUGAGAGAGUCAUAAGUUUUGAUUCUAUUUUUAUUUUGAAUUUUGAUGGUGUGACUUUUGUGGAGAGAAAUAUGUGUAGGUGUUUUAUGUUACAGGUGGGUAAGGAUUUAAUGGAAUUUGGAUGCACCACAUGCUGUUAUGUUCAGUAGCUGAAUUGUUGGAGGAGAUAAAUGUGCUAUUUAUUGCAGGCAUGGAUUCAGUUGGGCAGAAGUAAUGAGUCUUGUUGCGUGAAUUGGUGAUUUUGAGAGUGCUAAGGAUAAGCUUUUCUUGGUGCGGUGUGAUUAAUUAUCAAACUUUUUUCAUCACGUUUGAUCAUUGAAUAUGUUUUUUAUUGGAAGAAGAAGGGGAGAAUCAAUGAGCUGUGAUUCUUUGACUCGUUGUUGUCAAUUGUAAAAGCUAAGGCCUUAUAGAGUUAUCUCAAUUGGCCUUUUCUUUUUGGGGAAGAGCAGAUAGAUAACUGGGAUUUUAAGCUUUCUCUGUGGAACUUCAGAAUUGAUAUAGUUAAGGCCAGUGGGAACCAAGCAUUGAUGCCUUCCCCUCCAAAGGAGAUUAAAACCACGUGAGCUUCACUCAAUUGGGAAACUUGGAGGACUGAAACAGGAAUUCCUAAAUGCUUCCUGAGUGGACUCAUCAGGCUGCAUCUUUGUCUUUUGUUCCUUCGCCAUAUUGAGUCAAAAAGGCUCAGAAUAUGAGGUUGGGCAAUCUCACCUAUGAAAUCAUUUGAAUGAUUGUGGCAAAGGAGGCCAAGACUAUCUUAGCACCCUUUAAGGGAAAAAAAAGAAGAGGAAACAAGAAGGUCAAUUGUACCCAAUCAUCAUGACAAAGAAGUCCCAAAGACGCCCGGUGCAGUAUGAGAAAGAUAAAUCAGGCUGCAUGUGGGGUUUUAUUAAUAUGUUUGAUUUUCGCCAUGGUCACUCUACAAGGAAGAUGAUUGCAGAUAAGAGGCAAAGCAGCAAGCAUGCUGUUGGUGUUGUGCAUUCUAAGAACAAGUUUGAGAUGUUGGGCAAUUUGGAUGAAGUUUGUCACGGCAGUUCUGGCAAUGGAGAGAGUAGAAGACCAACAGUAGCAACUGCUGCUAAUAAGCCUAGUGUGAAGAAACUCAUAGAAGAAGAGAUGUUCAUUGACCAGAAUACAAUGAAGGAUACAUAUAGUGCCCAAAUAGAAUCAAAGGAAUCCAGAUUAAGGCGUGAAGUCCUUUUGAAGUUAGAUACCAAAAGGAAGAAGAAAUCUUACAGGAAAAACCGUGAUAAGGAGGACACCAAUGAUUUAAAUUUGGAUAGUACCUUGAAAUCUAAAUUCACACAUAAUCAGCACUCAAGGAAGCAAUUGAAAGAUAAUCUUGAUCUGGAUAAGAUGAUUGAAGACUUUUGUCAUCUAAAAGAUGCUUAUUCCAUGAUGCAUGGCAAUGAUGGAGAAGUAGAAGUUAAUGCACAAUCAAACCACAGGCAAGCUAUUUCUGAAAAUGCAAGAGAUGCAAUUUGUGAAUUUGUGGAUCAGAUGAUAUUAAAUGGCAAAGAUCCAGCCGAAGCGAGAAAAUUCCUUUGCUCCCAUCAACUUAUGGAAGUUCUCCAGCUUAUAAGUUCGGAUAAGGAAUUGUUUCUUUCACUUCUACAAAACCCGAAUUCACUUUUGUUGAAAUGUGUUCAAGAGUUUAGGAAUUCUCAGGGAACAAAUGAAAAAGAAUAUGGUUGUGUCACUGGUUCCAACUUCUCAGAACAAGAUCAUGGCAACCUGGAACAGAAUAGGGAGAUAGUCAACCAUAAAAAGCAUAAGUUUUUCAGAAAAAAGGAGAAGUCUCAAUCAAAAACAUCAAUAAAUGAAAAUGAGAAUACUAAUUCGUCAAGUAGAAUUGUUAUUCUGAAGCCUGGGCAGAUAGGCUUGCAAAAUUUUGAAACUAGAAACAACCUUGCCUCAUACCAAGAUACUCAUGAUUCUGUCAAAUAUAAUGGUCCUUCUGUGAGAGGUAGUUCACAUUUUUCUCUUGCAGAGAUAAAAAAGAAGUUAAAGCAUGCUAUGGGAAAGGAGAGACAUGCAAACCCUGGACACCCUGCUGCUGAAAUUCAAAAUAAGUGGCCUAUCAGCAAAGCCAUUGGUAAAGACAAUGUUGGAAUGAGAUCUCCUAAUAAAGACCACUUCUUCAUUGAAAAAAUUGCAAGACCUACCACUGGUGGUCUGAAAGGAGACAAGACUGGUACAGCUAAAGAUUCUGAAUUGAUUGUGGAACAUGAAAAUGGUACUUAUCCAAAACAAAGGGUUUCUAACUUGUACAUUGAGGCUAAGAAACAUUUGUCUGAGAUUGUAGGUAAUGGAGAUGAGAAAAUAGACUUGUCAAGUAGGAAUAUUUCCAGAACCCUUGGGAAAAUACUAUCUCUUCCUGAGUACAACUUUUCCCCCCUUAGCAGUCCUGGAAGGGAUUGGGAGCACCAUUUUGUGACUGCACAGACAAGAUUUUCUUCCUCAGAUAAAAUUUGGGAGGCUAAUAAGGAUAAUGUGUCUUCCAAACAAGGAACCUUUGUUGGUGAUUUGGAUCAGGAAAUGGACAAUUCAGGGAAGCAGUCAAGCAUUUGUGAUGAAAGAUCUGAUAAUAAAGUACAAGAAAUUAAGUCAGAAGACAUUAGUCAUGUUGAUAAAGCAAAAAAAUUUAGUCCUGUUAGAGAUGAGAUAGUUACUGAAGGUGAUGUAGAAUCUGCAAAAGAGGUGAGCGUUUUGGAAUCUUCCUCAGAACCAGUUGACCUCAGUGCAAGAAAGGAGGACCAAAACUAUGGUAUCUCAGAAACUUCUGAUUGUGCAAGAUGUUCCCAAAGUUCAAAGCAGGAUGUAACAGAAGUAAACAAACCAACAACAUCUCCACUGUCAUCCCCCCCACACUCUUCCACCACUAAAAAAAUUGAAGAGCUAGAAAGUGUUACAGAGGAACCUGGUCGACCAAGUCCUGUAUCUGUUCUUGACACACCGUUCUCAGAGGAUGAUAUCAAUCCUGGCUACUCCAGAUUUCAACCUGUUGAAGUACCAGCACGGCUGCUGCUAUUUGAAGAACAAUAUUGUUCUCCUUUGAAUCAAAUCAAUGGAGACAAAUAUUGUCUGAAAGAAAAUGAAUGGAUAUAUGAUUGCAUCAAAGCAGUCCUGCAAGCCUCUGGAUUGACUGCAGAUCAAUUGCUGAUGAAAUGUCUUUCCUCAGACAAGAUACUAGAUCCUUCCUUGUUUGAUCAGGUAAUAGAGUUCUUACCAAACCAGCUUUGCCAUGAUCUGAAGCUCAUCAAUGACUGCAUCAAUGACGUUCUCAUGGAGGUUUGUCGGAAUUACUUCGGGGUCUCACCUUGUGUGUCAUUCAAAAAUCCUAGCAUAAGGCUUAGUCCAAAUAUGAAGAAGGUUGUUCUCAUGGUCUGGGAAGGAGUGUGCUGGCAUUUCCUUCCCUUGCCCCCACCACGUACCUUGGACAAAAUUAUUAAAAAAGACAUGGAUAAAAAUGGGGCAUGGUUGGACCAUAGUCUUGAAGCUGAAACAAUUGGUUUUGAAAUGGGAGAAGCGAUCCUCACAGAACUGAUGGAAGAUACAAUACUUAGCUGUGUAAGCAACAGUCCAGAAAGUGAAUGUUCUCAGCUUCAAUUUGAAUAUAAGGCCAAUGACAACAGCUAAAAUGUGUAAAAAGACAACACACUACUUUUUGUUCAUUAUCACCUCUUAAAUUCCUUUAUGAGAGGUGGAAGAGAAGUAAAUAAUACUGGGGACUUGUAGGCUUUUUUUAAAAGCAUAUAUGGUAGCAUAACAUUUCUCUUUGGUCAUGCCUGACUUCUCCAGUGUUAAAUAGUUUCAUGGUGACUGAGGAUACUCAAAUAAGGGACCACAAGUCACAAUAAGUAAAUAAGAAGCCAGUUGCAACUGCUUCUUGCUAAAGUACAAAUGAUGCUUGUCUUGUUUACAAUGACAAAAGUUUAACAUUUUUAUUUUGUGUGUGCUUCACUUCACCCACUAAGGGCCAAUGGUAUUUAGUUGUAGAUUUUGUAGAGUUUGACAUGCUGAUCAUAUAUAUUAGCAGGUGUGUUUGAUAUCAAUCAUAUCAUUAUCAUCCUUACUUUGUAUACUUGUUUGUUUUUUUUGGCUAAGCUAUAUAUUGUAUGUAAUAGAAAAUAAUAGUGUGAACUCAGCAUAUUGGAGUUUUCAAGGGAAGAAGAAAGAAGAGACAUGAAACCGUGACAGUAGCGUCUUAGGAAACUGCAAAGUGCUUUGUUUGAAGCUAAAGAACAUGUGAACAAAUUUUCAUUGCUUGA